AUGAAGACCGCUACACCUCUCGUCGUUGCAGGCCUUUGCGCCUCCUUGGCAGCUGCCACUCCUCUUGACAAGCGUGCCUUGGUGACCCAUUACGAAAUUGUCACAGUGACCGCAACCGUGACCGGCUAUCCUCCGGCUCAGACGGAUGCUGCCGCUGACACUGGAUCUGGCGGCUGGAGCAACUGGGGUGGAUGGAGCGGAAAUGGAAAUGGCGGAUGGAGUGGUGAUGCCACGACCUAUACUCAGGAGGCACCUGCACCUGCUGCAUCUUCCACCGAAGGCCGCCCAGCCCCGUCGUUCAACCAAGGACCAGCCGAUGGGAGCGGGAGCAGCAGCGGAUGGUCGUCGUCUGCACCCUCGCAUGCUUCAUCUGGUCCCAUCCCAACUAGCGUUUCAUCUGACUACCAACAGGGCAUUCUCGAUGCUCACAACAUUCAUCGAGCCAAUCACUCAGCAUCUGAUCUUACUUGGGAUGACAACCUGGCCAGUAUUGCUGCUCAGAUCGCCGCCAGCUGCGUUUAUGCACAUGACACCUCGACUGGCGGCGGCGGUUAUGGCCAGAACAUCGGUGCUGGCUCUCCCCCCUCGGACAUCCCCAGCAUGAUCAGCGACUUGAUGUACAAUGAUGAGAUCAACUACUACCCCGGCUACGGCGGUGAGCCUGACAUGAGCAACUUCGAAAAGUGGGGUCACUUCUCUCAGAUCGUGUGGAAGUCUACCACCGGUGUCGGCUGUGCCACUCAGUAUUGCCCGGGUGGACUCGCCAACGCUGGUGGCGGCGGAAUCAGCCCGUACUUCACCGUCUGCAACUACGGCCCCCCGGGCAACUUCGGUGGCCAGUAUGGAGCCAAUGUGUUGGCUCCCUUGGGCCACCCUACUUUCUCGAUAUAA